GUUAUUGAGUCAACAUUAACUUGCAUUCAAAACAGCUAGCUUUGGAUUCCUGACUUUUUCUUUGAAUAACGAUCAUUAUUUUCAACAUGAAUGUUUGAGCUGCAGAAGCAUGAAUCCUCAACAAGCAGAACCAUGGGCAGCGUCUGGAAAUCCUCCAAUGGCAGCUGAGGGUCCGACUGCCCCACCAGCGAGCAUGCUAGAUAAAAUGGCGGGCUACGAGUCAGUAGCAAUAGGUGACGAAGAAAGGUACCUGCCUCCCCCAGUUUAUCCAAUGCCCAGUGCAGACUGUGGCCAACAACAGCCUGUUCAGCAGUGGAGUAUUCCCUCCAUCACUGAAGAUAAAGCUAGACAAGCAUUGCUCAAACAUGCAUCUGAUCAUGUCACUUACAGCAGCCGGCCCGCGGAAGAAAUGGUCAUCAAAGAGUUAAAACCGUAUAACAUGUACAGGUAUUGCCUAGAAAGCUUCACUGAAUCCAGGUCACCUGAAUGGAAAAGUGAACCUUAUUACAGGCAGAUUGUUGAUAAUUACGGCUAUGUGGCACCUCCCCCACCAUGGGAAGUACCGGUUGACAUUCCAAAAAUGUUUGAGAAAAAUAAAAAGAAGGUACAGGUGCCAAACACUGCAUCUGUAAAGGGAUGCCACAGAUGCAUGAGCUUGGGUAAAAUACAGUGCACUAAGUGUUUUCAAACAGGACGGGUUAAAUGCUGGAUUUGUCAUGGAAAAGGCUUUCGAUUUGGAGGUGAGGACAGAUGUAACCAUUGUAUGGGCAGUGGAAUGGAAAGAUGUAAACACUGCUCUGGAUAUGGCUGUCAGAUGUGCAAUGUGUGCCAUGGCCAAGGAAGGUUGUUUUUCUACAUUCAGUUGACAGUAAAAUGGGAAAACCACAUAUUUGAACAAAUUAUUGAUCUGCAGUGUGGAUUACCUAUCAAUCUCCUCAGCAAAGUCACUGGACACCAGCUCUUCAGUGACCAACAGAUUCAGGUGCAUCCAAUAAUGACCUUUCCAGAUCCUAGGAUUAACCAGAUGUCACAACAGGGGAUCCAGCAACAUUGGACUCAGUUUGGCAAAAUCUCACGCAUAAUCCAACAGCGCCACAUGGUUGAACUCAUCCCUGUUGUCCAAGUGCAUUUCCAAUGGAAAAGAAAAGAUCACAGCUACUUUGUGUAUGGCAUUGAAAACAAGGUUUAUGCUCCAGAAUAUCCUGGCAAGAAUUGUGCAAUUAUGUGAAGUGCCUUAUGCAUCAAUUCCUUUUUCUAUUUACUGCAAACUCUUUCAAUGUUUCAAAUAAACUUGUAUCUCCGGAAAGAGUUAAGUAUAUAUAUUAAUGGGAUGAUUAACAAAAGAGAUGAUAUGUACAUGUAUAAACAUAUAUAUAUAUAAACAUAUAUAUGAAGCACCUACAUAUUCUAAAGAACUCAGAAUCAUGAAUCCAUACAGUUUGAAAGCAGGUCAUUCAGCCCAUCAAGUAUACACUGACCUCUGAAGAGCAUCCAACCCAGACCCACCCCCGCUACCCAUGUAUUUCCCAUGGGUAACCCACCCAACCUCCACAUCCCUGGACAUUAUGGGACAAUUUAACAUAACCAAUCAACCUAACUUGCACAUCUUCAGAUUGUGGGAGGAAGCCCACACAGAUGCGGGGAGAUUUUGCAAAAUGCACACAGACUAGGCUAGAAUCGAACCCACAUCCCGAGCACUGUGAUUCAGCCACCUUGCUGCAAGAAGCAAAUUGAGUUGUCUUAAACUUUGGUGCACAGUGUCUGGCUAUAUGAAAGUUAAUUUGAAAUUUUAUCUGCACAGGUUAGUCAGCUAUUAAUGGUAACACUGAUUGGCAUUUCAUUUCAGUCUGCCGUCAAUGGAAUUAAGUGGCCAAUGUUGGGCCUUCUGUAGGAUUUCAGAAAGCAGGGGUAUAAAUCCUGAAGCCCGACCUGAACUGCCAACCAAUAAGAACCCAGGUCCCUUAAUUGAAGGACAACCUUCAUCAGAUGACACACGUGUCUGCUGUUGGUUGAACAUAAGUGGGAAUGGCACCAUUAUUGGCCUAUAGACAGGAAGGUUGACUACAAGUCUUUCCCCCUUGCCUCCACCCUCAACCCUUACUCCCCACCCAUACAGCAGUGGGAGGGGCGAACGUUAAAUUCCACCCACUGUUUACAAACAGACAAACCAAAAAGAAUUAUUACUGUAUAACCUCAAUGAAAUGGAUGACUAAAGAUGUAGGCCAUUCUAAAUUGCACAUAGUAUCCAGGGAUGUGCAGGCUAGGUGGAUUAGCCAUGGGAAAUGCAGGAUAGGGUUGGAGGGAGUGGUCGUGGUGGUAUGGUCUGUGGAGAAUCGGUGGGCCUACUUCCACAUUGUAGCGAUUCUAUUCUAUGAUUCUAUGAAAUUCUAUCCAAUUUUGUGCAAUGGGAUAAUCUUUGUGGAAUUCAAUUCCACUAUGUCUAUUCGAUUCUACAAUUUAUUUACCUCUUCAUAUUGUAACAAUAUUAAAAGUGAUGGGUGCGAUGUCACUCCCAAGCUA